ACCGCCCACUGCCUCCGUAACAAUCCACUGUCAGUAGAGAGCUUUUUCAAGAAAUUGCGAAAGAAUCAUAUCUCCACGGACUGUGUAUGCAUAACGUAUCUACUUGUUAUUCUGCGAGUGCAUUUCAGAUACUUUUUUCGAUUUUGUUCCACGUUGAUCGUGUAUGAAGCGCAUGUUCAGAUUAUCAAACGGUGCAGUUGUUGCUUUAUCGAGGAAUACAGAGAUUGACUUUCAGAGGAUUUUAAAGGUAUAAAUAUGACCACUUCAUGGAGCGACAGACUGCAGAACUAUGCAGACCUUCCAGCCAACAUGGACGGGCUGGCCAUGAAGAAGUACCGCAGAGAGGCUUACCAUAGAGUUUUUGUAAACAGAAGCUUGGCCAUGGAGAAGAUUAAAUGCUUUGGCUUCGAUAUGGAUUACACUCUAGCCGUGUACAAAUCUCCAGAGUAUGAGUCCCUGGGCUUUGAGCUAACCGUGGAGCGCCUGGUCCACAUCGGUUACCCCCAGGAGCUGCUCAGCUUCGUCUACGACCCCGCCUUCCCCACCAGAGGCCUGGUGUUUGACACCCUGUAUGGGAACCUGUUAAAGGUGGACGCCUACGGCAACAUCCUGGUCUGUGUCCACGGCUUCAAUUUCCUACGAGGACCUGAAAUACGGGAGCUAUACCCGAACAAGUUCAUCCAACGUGACGAUACUGAACGUUUCUAUAUCCUCAACACUCUCUUCAACUUGCCAGAGACCUACCUCUUUGCCUGCCUCGUGGACUUCUUCUCAAACUGUGACAGAUAUGCAAGCUGUGAGACUGGCUUUAAAGAUGGCGACCUCUUCAUGUCCUUCAAGAGCAUGUUCCAGGACAUCCGCGACGCCGUCGACUGGAUCCACUUCAAGGGCACCCUGAAGGAAAAGACAGUAGAGAACCUUGAAAAGUAUGUAGUGAGAGACGCUAAGCUGCCUCUCCUGCUGAGUAGAAUGAAUGAAGUAGCCAAGGUGUUCCUGGCCACCAACAGUGACUACAAAUACACACACAAGAUCAUGACAUACCUGUUUGACUUCCCCCACGGCCCAAAGCACGGGACAUCCCACCGGCCGUGGCAGUCCUACUUUGACCUGAUUCUGGUGGACGCCAGGAAGCCUCUGUUCUUUGGAGAGGGAACGGUGCUCAGACAAGUCGACACAACGACAGGGCGGCUGAAGAUCGGGACCUACACCGGACCCCUGCACCAUGGCAUCGUCUACUCUGGAGGUUCUUCUGACAUCGUGUGUGACCUGCUGGGGGCCAAGGGGAAGGACAUCGUCUACAUCGGAGACCACAUCUUCGGGGACAUCCUCAAGUCCAAGAAACGCCAGGGCUGGAGGACCUUCCUCGUCAUCCCCGAGCUGGCCCAGGAGUUGCAUGUCUGGACUGACAAGAGCUCGUUAUUUGAGGAAUUGCAGGGCCUGGACAUUUUCUUGGCAGAGCUCUACAAGCAUCUGGACAGCAGUAGUAAUGAGAGACCUGACAUCAGUGCUCUCCAGAGAAGGGUCAAGAAAGUGACCCAUGACAUGGACAUGUGCUACGGCAUGAUGGGUAGUCUGUUCAGGUCUGGCUCCAGACAGACUCUGUUUGCCUCUCAGGUGAUGCGCUAUGCUGACCUGUACGCUGCCUCCUUCAUCAACCUCCUGUACUAUCCCUUCAGCUACCUCUUCAGAGCUGCUCACGUACUGAUGCCCCAUGAGUCAACGGUGGAGCACGCACACAUCGACACGGACACCGAGUCCCCCCUGGCCACGCGCAACCGCCACUGCACUGAGAGCAAGGACCUGGAGUGCUGUAGCAACAAGAACCGCAGCCAGCUGACCCGGUCCAUCAGUGAGAUCAAACCCCCUAACAUGUUCCCCCAGACCCCCCAGGAGAUCACCCACUGCCACGAUGAAGAUGACGAUGAGGAGGAGGAAGAGUAGAUGGGAGGAGGUGUGAUGGCGUGACCCUAACCAGGCGUGAUUCCUUCCUAGGAGGAGGAAGAGAGAGAGAGAGAGAGGAGUGAAAACCAUCUUGAUUCCUUUCUGAGGUUUCCCUGAGGAGGUUUUAGAGUAUAAAUACUUCUAGGAAGAUAUAAACUAUAAUGUACUCUAUAGUCCACAGUAAGAGUCAAUGUAGGAUACAUUGGAAUGAGGGGGGAGGGGAUAUGGACAUUGUGGUGUAUCUAUAGGAGAUUUAUAUAGAGAGAAAUGAAGUUACUUUUUAUACUAGAGAUGUAUCAGGAUAUUAAGCUUUUAUGAAUCAGAUCAGACUGUAGUAUGCUACUACAGCACGUUGCCCCGUGCCCACCCCUUCUCAAGUUUUAUGUUUUUAAUGGUUGUUUUUUUCUAUGGAUUUUUAUGAGGAAAUGGGAAAAGGUUGACUUGAAGUUGGCCAAUUUUUUUAAAUAUUUUAAAAGUUGAUGAAGCUAAAACAGUUUUUACGGCAUAGGAUGUUGUAGCAGACAAAUAUACAUGAAUACACACAAGAAGCAAAUAUUACGAACACUACUUUUCUCUGUACUGACCUUACACAGUGUCUGGUCAUGGAGAAUAAUUCCCUGUGUGUGUUUACAUAGUCUACCAUAAUGCAGGCACCCUACCGUAGUUUCAAUGUGAAGCACUAAGACGGAAUAUAGCCUUUGCCAAACAGUAUGUACAGUACUGUAUAUAAACUCUAUAUACUGUUUUGCUUUUCUCCUUUUGAAAUGAAAGAAAGUGUUCUAGCCUUGUGGUUCUGGUGUUGACGCGCAUCGAGCAGCACGGCAAUCCAAAAACAUGGUCCAAAAAAUGUAUUUCUCGCUGGUUGUUAUUUUGGUCUUUUUUUUUGCAGUAUAAUUCCUCCCGUCGUGACCCUGCAUAACACAGCUGUGUGUGUGUGUGUGUGUGUGUGUCCGGCCUUGGCCAAUCAAAAGUCGAGUUUGUGUCGUCCUGAGCGACUGUUAUCAAGGCAUCCGUAAUUGUACUAAAGAACAGUGUGGUGUAAGUUUUGGGUUACACAAAGCACAAGUCUGAUUGUGGGUAACUGAUUGUCAAUGACAUGACAAUAUGACAUGAAACCUGCUGUCUAUUUUAAAGUAUGGUGCACAUAAUGUAAUCUGUGAUUCUGUGUGGCUAAUUUCAACUGACGUUUUGAAAUGCAUGAAAUGUUGUUUCUAGGCAACUGUGCGUACAGGGUAUCGAUUAUGCUGCCUCUGUACAGAUGGGGACUAUGGCAACUGUGGACGGUCACAUAGGCCUAAUGCUAUUGAGAGGCUGUGACCCAGUAUUACUGUUCUCAUACAUGAUACUGUAAAAAGCAUUCAUGCAAAAUACCAUGACAUUUUUUUUUUGUUCUCCUGUAGGAUGAUAUGAGAUAUCGAAACCUUCAACAUUGUUACACUAUGUGCAACUAACAUGCAGUAGUAGUUUUACCUUUUUUUACUGAGCUUGGAGUUGUUCGUUAGGUGUUCUCUUGAAUAUUACAUUGUAACAGUUUUUAUUUUUCAUUGCAUAGAACUGACAUAUUCACCCCUACCUAACCAUACCCUCAUAUUCCACGUGUGAUAAUAUGGUCUGGUGGUUCCUAGUAAUUCUUUGCAGUUAACAUAGAGAGUACAGUAUGUUAUAGGAACAGACCUGGGUUCAAAUACUAUUUGAAAUGUUUCAGCAACUUUAGCCUGCUUGGAGCACCAGGUGGGCAGAGUUUAACAUUUGUGAACAUUUUUCUGGUUCCAUUGCUCCAGGCAAGCUCAGUCAAGCCCCAAUAAAGUAUAUGAAAUGAUUUUGAAUCGUAUUUGAACCCAGGUCUACAGUAGGCCUUGAUAUUGAAAAAGGAAAUCCAGGUUAGCCUGGGGUGCUGUGACGUGUGACACUGUGUAGGCCUUGAGAAUGCACGGGCACCAGACAAGGAACCAACGCCUCGGCGAGAGGGCGUUUGGGUCUGACCGCCCCCAGAGAGGUUAGGGUGGGCCUGGGAAAAGGACAAGGGGUGCCCUCCUGACUGGUGGGAAUAGGUUGUAGACUCGCCCUAGCAGGCCUAUGAAGUGUGGAAGAUGAAUAAAGGACUACAGUAUUCAGGAGUUUUAUUGGUCGUCAGCUCGGGGAUUCAAACUUACUAGGUUACUAGCCCAACCUAACCACUAGGCUACCCUGCCGUCCCAAUAUUUCCCACAAGGGUUGCAUUUGCUGUCUCCAAACAUGUUCAAACCUUUUAAUUUCAAAAUGGAAAUUGCAAUCGUUGAUUAGGCCCACAAUUCCACUGAAACGUUGAGAUACUUAAAAAAAAAUGUGACUGGAAAAUGUUACCGACUUGGUUAAUGUUGAACUUUCCUGUUUCCUGGAAAUGCUAAACAUUUUCAGUUGUGUGUCCUAAUGAACAUGACCCAGAUAGUAUGGAGUACGGUUCUUUAAAAAAAACAAUUAUAGGUUAUCUGCAAUAUCAUAUGUGUAUGCUAUGUAAAACAUGCGUAUCACUUUAUUUCUAAGGCAUGUAGUUGUGUGGCUAGAGGUUUCGAUUGGGCUGAUGAAGGGAAGACCAAUAGCGGGUCUGUUUGUAACUCGGUGUUUGACGAGGCAAGUAGUAAAAAGGGGAAUGUGGGUUCAACUGGGGAUCUUUAAAACAGAUUCUCCUCUUACUAAAAUUGUUACAGAGGAACUAUAUAGUGGUUCAAUAUUUUAUUACUCUCUGAAAAAAAGUAUAUUUUUAAGUAUUGAUUUAACUGGAAAUACCACAGAAACACCUGAGGCAGCUGUAUUCUUCACCUGGUUGGUUAGUCAUUAUUUUUGUUGGUCUCAUUACUGACGAAUUCAUAAUAAAGCUUGGUCGUUGGGAGGAACAUUUGAAGUCCUUUUCUGUCAAAACACUUUACAAGACAUGUAUUUCUAUGCAAAGACGCAGUACAGUGCAUUAUACGUGUAAAGUAACUUACUAAAAGGUUGGCCAGUGUAAGCAAAUAGCUUACGUCAAAGUGUGAUUACUGUAUGGCUAGAACUAGGUUAGGGCUACAACUGAUAUGUGGAAGAAAAGAAAACAUGUCCGUCUGUGAGAAAAAGCUCUGGACACACAAGUUCUACAAGGUCAUCUGUGUGGUAACAAUUGUACACUUAAUAAUAAUAAUAUUAGCCUUGCAGACCGAUAUGCUGAAAAAUAGGCGAUGUUGAAGAGCAUGUAUUUACCGUGCAUCAGACAUGGCACCUUACUCAACAACACCUUGUUUUGCUGUUUGUUUUUUCUAACCAGUGUUUUCAGAUUCUUAGUUUACAACGUUGUAUAUAAUAUAUGCAUUUCCAUUUACAUGUUGUUGAAGAAAUGUUCCUUAAAUUCUUUUUUUUUCUUCUUGUUUUUUGGCAUUUUUCUGGUUUCAGACACUGUUUUUUUUUAUUAUAACGGCUUCAGUGAGUAUGUCUGCGCGAGCUAAACAUGGCGAACAGGUUAAUGCCACCAUCCAUUUAUACAAUUUGUCCAUUUAUACAAAAUGUCAACAAUUGCAGACCGAGCGUGACAACUAUCACGCAUUCGCUUAUUUUUUUGUUUCGUGCAUUUUCUUGGAUGUUCCUGAGAGCGUUUUGUUUCCAGAAUUAUUAUAUAAUGUGUACAUUGGGGAAAUGACAUAUGUACAAUAAAAGCUAAUCUUCCAUAAUAAGUCA